GCAGACACCUCUCAGAAGAUUCCUCACAAACUUCGAAAGACGAGCAUCUCUUCUCUAAUUUAUUAUAUUUUAGCACGCGAGACUUCGAGAAGCUCGAAAGCUGCUUCCGUUGAGCACCGCGGCCUCGUUUCUCCUCUGCUUCCUCUCCCCAUGACACACUCCGCACCGCAUAGGCGCGAAGCGCAGCGUCGGCAGCUGCUGCAGCUCCUUCGAGAUGAGGCGGAGCUGCAGCAGCAGCUUCACGGGCAGCGAUGGCUGUUGGAGCGAGUGUCCGAGGCGUCUGUGAGUAUUUCUGUGUGGUGGCGUAAUGGGACUGCCGCCGCCGCCGCUGCAGCAGCAGCAGCAGCAGCGCAUUCCACGACGCCGUCUGAGGAAACGAAAUGGAGGGAGGGCUACGGCGAGGCUGGCGGCUCCCUCGCCCGCCAGCACCUGCAGCAGCACCCUCUUCAUUGCUUUCCAGGGAUGCUCUUCUACUCCCUUGGUGAGCUGCUUCGGCUGACCGCAGCCCCAACUCCGAAUUUGUGCGCGACGGACAACGCAGGGGGCGACAUCUUCAGCACUGCCACAGGUAGCAGCGAUGCAGCGCACGGCACCACACACCCGCCGGGUGACAGCCACAACGCCGAGUCCGCCGGUGCGCCACCGUUCAAGAAAACCCCGUGGUCCUUCGCCUCCGCCGUGCUGGAACGCGCGCUCGUGACGACGCUGCCAACGCCGGCGCUGCUCGUGCGGCAUCGACUUUUGGACCCCUCGCCGGCGGCCUUGGUCCCCACACACGCCCUGCUGCUCGGCUCCAUUACGGUGGAUGACUUUCCUGUCCUGCUCCGAUGGUUGCACUGCCUCACCUUGGAGUGCGAAGAGGCACUCCAUCGACUCCGCCCAGAUCAGCAGCAGCAGCAGCAGUCGGAGGGUACUGCCGAAUUACCUGACGUCGCGAUUAGUUCUGCCGUGUCGGACGAAAACAGCCAAGCUCUAUUGGCAAAUGAGCAAGCGAUGCUGUCUUCGCAGCCGCACAGCCAGCCCUCCACUGCAGGUGAGGCGGGAGCCAACGUGCGUCCGAUCGGAGCUUCGCGAGAGGCGGUGAAGCGCGCACGCAGCGCGGACUACAGCAGUGCGGUCACACAACAUAAUGCGAUGGACGAUGCAGAGGACAGCACGGCGGCGUGGGACCCAUCGCGGUGGUCGUCCCUCUGUGCAUCUCUCAGCAGGCUUCUCUCGUUCCUUCUCGAGCUCAGCACAGUACCCCCCACGCCGGUCGGCAAGGCAGAGAACGCAACAGCGACAUGGGAAGCCUGCUGGGUUGCAUGGACGGCCGAUCAACGCAACCUGGCGCAGCAGCGCUUCCUUCUUGCUACGCUGUGCGGCAUGCAUGCAACGCUGCACGACGUGCAGGGCUGGUACGUCACGCAGGAACAACGUCGUGUGUGGUGCAGCCGCGGGAGUGUUCUACUCCCAUCGCGGCGUCGGAAAGCAGAUCCGUGCGCCGUCGUGUCGCCUCCGCGGACACCGCAGCUGAUGAACGCUGCUGCCCCGGCGUCCUCCUCCGCGGUGCACAUCGUCAACGAGGAAGACGUGGCCGUUGUUUCGGUGCGUGACGUGGAGAUGCUGACGCAGCUCCUCGCAGCGGUUUCGCGGCAGUUAGCAACGCGCCUUUGCACGACAACGGCGGUGUAG